AUGGAAGAAGAAAGUGUGACAGGAAUUUUACCUGACAUUCUGGCUAUGCAGAUGGAGGAAGAGACCAUUACCAAGGAAUAUGAACAACCUGUAGAAGCUGGGAAUGGAAUAGAGCCUCCAGAAAGUUUUGUAAAAGAUGCUACUAUAAACAUUGGUGUACAGGAUUUUUUGCAGCGGCAGCAGCAGCGGGGGCGCCCCCGCCGUCACGGCCCCUGCGCUGGUGCAGCCGCCCUCGCUCCCUCUGCUCUUCUUCCCUUCACUCGCACCACGGCUGAUCAGUUGACCGAAGAACAGAGUGCUGAGUUCAAGGAAGCUUUCUCCCCAUUUGACAAAGCUGGCGAUGGCACCAUCACGACAAAGGAACUUGGAACCGUCAUGAGGUCACUGGGUCAGAACCCAACAGAAGCCGAGUUGCAGGAUAUGAUCAACGAGGUGGCUGCUGACGGAAAUGGCAUCAUCGACUUCCCAGACGUUUUGACUAUGAUGGCUAGAAAAAUGAAAGAUACAGACAGUGAAGAAGAAAUCCGCGAGGCAUUCCGAGUCUUCGACAAGGAUGGCAACGGUUACGUCAGCGCGGCGGAGCUACGUCACGUCAUGACCCACUCAGGAGAAAAACUAACAGAUGAAGAAGUAGAUGAAACGAUCAGAGAAGCAGUUAUUGAUGGAGAUGGGCAAGUCAACUAUGAAGAAUUCGUACAGAUGAUGACUGCAAAAUGAAGGCUUACUUUCAACUCCUUUCCCCCCUUCUAGAAGAAUCAAAUUGAAUCUUUUAUUUACCUCUUGC